GUUCUAUAGGAGUAUUAUAAAUAGGGCCCAUCUUCAUCUACUCUUUCACUAUCAAACACUACUACUUAGUACUUGCUCCAAAAUCCACAAGUAGUGAGCAAAAAUGGUUAAAUGGGAAACCUCACUCUUCACUAAAAUCAUUUUAAUGCUAAGUUUAGCUGUCGUUGCUCUUGCUAGCAGAAAUGGUGAUUUUCAUUAUUUCUACUUUGUGCAGCAGUGGUUAGGAUCUUACUGUGAUCAAAGAGGGGAGAAAUGCUGUUAUCCACCAACAGGAAAGCCAGGACCAGAGUUUUCCAUUUAUGGGUUUUGGCCUUACUACAAUGAUGGUAGUUUUCCAUACAAUUGUGGUGGGGGCAACUUUGAUGAAGCUUUGCUUAAACCCAUGCAAGAUCGUCUAAGAAAGGAAUGGCCAUCAUUUACAUGUCCACAAAUCGGAAGAAAAUUUUGGGUCCAUGAAUGGAACAAACACGGGACAUGCUCGAAAUCAGUCCUAGGUGAAGUCGCAUAUUUUCAAGCCGCAUUGAGCCUAAAGAACAGGGUAAAUAUCCUUCAAGCUCUAACCCGAGCCGGGAUCCAUCCAAACAACCGACUUUACCCUCUAAAAUCCGUAAAGAAGGCCAUUGCUAGGGCAACAGGGUUUCAUCCUUGGGUUGUUUGUAACCGUAACUCUCAAGGGGUUAGCCAGAUUUGGCAAGUUUCUGUUUGUGUUAAUAAAAGUGGCACUAAACUAAUUAACUGUCCUUUUGUUCCUAAAGGACCUGGAGAUUGUGAGUCGAGAAUUAAGUUCCCUUCUUUCUAGUUUUACAUAGUCAAUAGUAAAGAUGUUCAUUCGGGUUAUCUGGGUGGUUUCGGGUUUGAUGUUCCGGGUUGGUUAAAAAUCGGGUAUUGAGUUCAUGUAAGUUUUUAUAUAAUUGUAAGUCCGUUUUUUAAGUCGGGUUAAAUCGGAUUAAAUUGCAAGAUCAAAUUAAUAUCGGGUCGGUUUUUGACUCCUAUGGUCGAGAGUAUAAGCUUCCCAAACUAGUUAGACUUGCCAUUUUAAGGGCUUGUUUAUGUAGUAUUCUAAUAUUGCCGUUGUUUUUAUGUUUUAGCCAACGACAACGUUAUCAAACUGUAUUUAUGUGCCUAUUAAUCUAUGUUCGUGUUACUUUCUCAAAUGUUUUCGUAU